CCCAACUCAAUGGACGUCGUUGUCGUUACUCAUCACUAAUUUUUUUUGUAAUCUGUGGUUAUUUUUUUAUUAAAAAAAUUGUGAGAAUAAUGGCACAAAGAUCUAUUUUAUCGUUUUUCUCUAAGGCAAACGAAAAAAAUGGCAAUGUGGGGAAAAACAGCGUUGAUAAUAAAUCCAGUUAAACAGAUGAUUCGAAACAAUAUUUACGUUGGUUGUGUGGUAUUGCGCAGUGUCUCAAAAGAUGCAUUUAUUCGUGUUCAGCGAAAGGAUUACUUGUUCCGCAAUGCCACGGCGUUUUACCGCUUUCCGACCGCAAACGUGUUUGUUAGCAAUAAUCGUUUAUUUUCUAUUCGCUCAAUUGCUACGACCAGUGACUGUCACAGGAAAAAUAAGCUAACCGUACAUACUUCCAGUGAGGAUAGCCCUUUGAAGAAACAAACAUCCAAGUCGGCAGUUUCAGAUUCCUCUCCUUCCCCGUCGCCACAAAAAGAGACAACUACCACCAGUAAGAUUUCAAAACGACCCCGCAUCGCAUCAUCUAGCAGUGAAGAUGAAUCGCCGGCCUCCAAGUCGAAAGUUUCGCCUGGAGAGCCAGCCAAAUCAAUUAAAAAAGAAGAAAGCCUCACGAAACCGUCUCCAAAAAGUCCACCUAAAGCAAAAAAGACAUCAAAAAAUUCUAAAAAGAAUUCCCCGAAACAAAAACCUCUUGUGAAGGAGGAGAAGAAAGAUGUGCUAAGUAAAAGUGAAUCAGAAGCUGACAUUAACAUGACUGCGAAAGAAUUGAAAAAAGAAGCUGAAUCGCCAAAAAAGACUAAAACCUCCGAUGAUACAAAGGAUAAAUCCGCUAACGUAAUGAAUUUUUUUACCAGUGGAAAGAAAGAUUCUACUGCUACUAGUUCUAAGGUGGAAAUCGGAACCGAUUACAAUCCUGGAAAGAAGAACUAUCAUCCAAUUAACGAUGCGUUCUGGAAGAAAGGAGAAAAAAUACCGUACCUAGCGUUAGCCCGUACAUUUGAAAUCAUCGAGGAAACGAGUGGUCGGUUGAAAAUGACGGAGACCCUUAGCAAUUACUUCCGGUCGGUGAUUGUCUUAAGUCCGUAUGACUUGCUGGCAAGCGUGUAUUUAAGUUUGAAUCAAUUAGCCCCUGCUUACGAGGGCGUUGAAUUAGGCAUCGCCGAACAUACAUUAAUGAAAGCAAUUGCUCAGAGCACGGGCCGAAGUUUGGCUCAAAUCAAGACGGACGCUCAGAAUACGGGAGACUUGGGUCUGGUUGCAGAGCAGUCCAAGAGCAGUCAGCGCGUAAUGUUCCGACCGGCAGCGCAUACCGUGGGAGGAGUUUUUAGUAAAUUACAAGAGAUUGCUAAAAUGACUGGAACAGCUUCGAUGGCGAAGAAAAUGGAUAAAAUCCAGUCAAUGUUUGUCGCAUGCCGCCACUCGGAAGCGCGCUUCAUUAUUCGAUCGUUGGCUGGUAAACUGCGAAUUGGUCUGGCAGAGCAGUCACUACUUCAAGCACUUGCCCAGGCAUGCGCAAUGACGCCGCCAAAUCAAGAGGAUAUUGAGGAACCGAUCGUUAACGCGCUUUCCAAAUGUAGUGAAGCGACGGCCAAGUCUAAGGUGGACGAAAUUGCAUUGAUUCUAAAAACGGUAUACUGCCAAUGUCCCAACUACAAUCAGAUUAUACCGGUUCUGUUAAAACAUGGUGUAGAUCAGCUGUUGGAGAGGUGUCCCAUGGUUCCAGGAACACCGCUCAAACCUAUGCUGGCUCAUCCGACCAAGGGUGUGCAGGAGGUUUUAGAACGUUUCGACGGGAUUGAUUUCACCUGCGAGUGGAAGUACGACGGUGAGCGCGCACAAAUCCAUUUACUCGAAGACGGGGGUGUCAAUAUCUAUAGCCGAAAUCAGGAGAACAAUACUAGCAAAUAUCCGGAUAUUAUUGCACGGCUUGAUCACACCCGGACAGAUUCAGUGAAAACUGCUAUUUUGGAUUGCGAAGCAGUUGCUUGGGAUCCAGAAAAGCAGCAGAUUUUACCAUUUCAAGUGUUAAGCACCCGGAAGAGGAAGGAUGCCAGCGAGGCAGACAUUAAAGUACAGGUAUGUGUUUUUAUGUUUGAUCUGCUAUAUCUGAAUGGCAAUCCGCUUGUUCAGCGACCGUUCUUAGAACGUCGCGAGCUACUGUACAAACACUUCCGGGAAAUACAAGGUCAGUGGAAAUAUGCCACCCGGCUUGAUACAAACGAUGUAGACGAAUUGCAGCGAUUCUUAGACGAAGCGGUUAAAGGUAACUGUGAAGGUUUAAUGGUGAAAACUCUCCAGAAAGAGGCAACAUAUGAAAUCGCUAAACGAUCUAGAAAUUGGUUGAAAUUAAAGAAAGAUUAUCUUUCUGGUGUUGGCGAUUCGCUCGAUUUGGUAGUUAUCGGAGGUUAUAAAGGCAAGGGUAAGCGGACAGGGACUUAUGGCGGUUUUUUGCUUGCUUGCUACGACGAAGAUAAUGAAGAGUAUCAAAGUAUUUGCAAAAUUGGAACCGGUUUUUCAGAUGAGGAUUUACAGAAGCACACCGAUUUCCUGAAGGAACGGAUAAUACCACGAGCCAAGAAUUACUAUCGCUAUGACUCAGGCCAUGAACCUGAUGACUGGUUCGAACCAGCACAAGUGUGGGAGGUAUUGUGUGCGGACCUCUCGUUAAGUCCCGUGCAUCGUGCAGCUUUGGGCAUAAUCGAUGGAGAGAAAGGAAUAUCGUUACGUUUUCCUCGAUUCAUUCGCAUCCGCGAUGAUAAAUCUGUAACUGAUGCAACAUCUGCGAAACAAGUGUCCGAUAUGUACCUUAAUCAGGACCAGAUAAAAAAUCAGCAAAGUGGCAAGCAGCGGGAUAUCGAAGAGGACUUUUACUAACUAAAACAUGAGAGCACGCUUAAAUUAUGUUUUUUGUCUUAAUCUUAAUGCUUCAUAAUUUACAAUAAAAUUGCUUACAAAAAAUA